CAUACACACACUCACGGUGGUGGAGGUGCAGUCCAGUCACAGUCUGCAGAGACACUUUGGCUGUGUGUGUGCUCUGGUUACAGCCUCAAGCUUUCCUGGAUGACUAUGAACCGAACUGCCAUCAAUGAAGGACCACAAUACGACACACGACUGGGGAACUUCCACAGCUUGUCCACACCUUCUGCAAAGGUCAUUGACCUCUGAAAGAGGGUUGAUCCAGUUUCAUCUCAAUUCGUCAAUGAUACUGAACUUUAAUACGCACUUUUAUCAAGUGAGGAGAUGGCCAAGGUGUGUAGACUCUAUGUUGGGAUAAUAACAGCUCUGGCCUUAUGCAAAUACUCGCUGGCAGAAGGGAAUGCCACCGAAGAGUCCGCCAAUCGAACUGUGUCCCACUGUCAUCACCAUGGCAGCAGAGACAAUUGCACAGGGGAACCACUGGAUACAGGACAGUGGAAUGGCCACUUCUCAAAAUGUCCCGAGGAACUAACGAACUACUGCAUCCACGGGGAGUGUCGUUACGUUAAAGAACAGAAAACACCAUCUUGCAGGUGUCAGCGAGGUUACAUUGGUGCCAGGUGUGAAUAUCUGGACCUGGACUUGCGUAUAGGAGAGAAACGACAAAUCAUAAUUGCCUGCAUCAUUGCAGGGCUCGUUUUCCUCAUUCUUGUCAUUGCAUUCAUCUGUAUUUGUUCGCAUCGUAGGUACAGACCGCCAUGCUGGCGCAGGUCGAGACGGAGGGAAGAACCGAGGAACGGGACAGAGAAGCUCAGCAUGAUGGACACCAGUGCGGCACACACAACCAUAAUGGCAGACUCCACAGAGCCACCACACACCAACGUAUGAGAAGUGUUUGUGACGACAAGUCUGGGAAUUGUUUAUACAUGAGGGAUUUUGUCUUUCAUGUGACAGCUGCUGCCUUUUGUCUCACAUGGACCGCAAGUGUGACAUAGGAGGUCCCUCUGUGUCGGACAGGACUGAGGCUGGCUCACAGGAAGGAGGAGGGACAUUUCUGGAUAAACGCUGCGUUAGAUCAAGCAGGAGGACAGGAGUUUGCAGCCUCCUCUUUAAGAGCAGCCUUGUCUGAAACUUUAAUGAAGCUUCAGGGCAAAGAGGACGAUAAACACAAGUUGGAGACAAGUGUUCAGCUGAUUGUAUGUUGGCACAGUUCUUUUUUUUCCAAAGCUGUGGAUCAACAGGCACUUGUACCCUUUCACUUCUGACUACAGUGAGCUAAAUCAGUUGUUGCUAUGUUGGAAAAAGCUGUGACACCAGCUGACAGCUGAUGACAACAGGUGAUCCAGGCAGUCCUCAAGAAAAAAAACGAGGCUGUAUAGGUCGUCUUUGCAAGCAGCUUUUUACUACCCUUAUUUAUGUUUAUUGUUAGGCGGUGACCCCUAGUGGCUGUAUCAACUGUGACAGGAGCAAGUAAAGUCAGAUGUUGUUGUACAAAGAGCGACAAAGUCUGCAUAAGGAGGAGGUCAGGAUGGAUGGAUGGGUCAAAUAAAUACAGGACUUUGAUCCAGGA